AUGAUAAAUCUAGUGUUGACUAUACAGUUCUGCUGUGCAUAUACUAACGAGCUGGAGCUUGAAAUUGUUCACUUGAAGAAGGAAAAUGCAAGACUCAAGAGACAAGAAGAGAAGAUGCAAUUAAAGAUAGUUGAAGCAACUCAACACCAAACAAGGAAAACACUUCAACGGUCUUGGACGUCUCCAUUUUGA